CAUGCACAGCUCAGAAGAAGAACGAGCCUCUGAAGUAAAGGCGCAAAAUCCCGUGUGCUAGCAUUACUGGCUAGCAGUUGUGAAUUUACAGAAAACAUGGACUGGAAUCAGACCUGGUUGAGUCCAGUGGUUCGGGACUCUGAGGUGACCCGUGCUGCCCGCAGAAAGAGUUCUCACAAAAAAGUUGCAUUCCCACUGGCACAGGAUGACACUCCUGGCACCAGCACUACCCCUGCUAGACCACUACUGCGCCAAACACCUGGAUCUCUCCUCAAACAAACUUUCACCCCAAGAAGUGCCCUCAGGAACCCAGAUGUGUCGGCCAUCCUCGGGACAGGAAGCAGAACUCCUCGCUUCGUCAACACACCCCGUACCAAAGGCAGUCUGAGCAUGAACUUAGAUGACAGUGAUUGGACAAACAGUCUUUACCUGUCUCCUCUGUCUGGACUGGUGGACACCAGCUUCACUGAGGAUGUCAGCAUGAGCGCUCUCAUGCUAAAGGAAGAUGAUCCCGGAGAGGCUGCUUCUCUCAGUUUGUUUCCUGAAUUUCUGCAGUCAUAUUUGCGUCAUGCGUCCACAGCUGUGUUUGAUCUAUUGGAGGAUUAUGAGGCUCUCUGUCAGGAUAAGGUUAGUAUGUUGCAGAAAAUGGUUCUUCGAUCAGCCCCUGGUCAGCAGAAAUCCUCCAAGACGGUCAGCAUUACCUGGUUGCUGCAGCAAGAGAUGGUGACCUGGAGGCUCAUCACCUCGCUGUACAGAGACAGAGUGCAGACAGUUUUAGAAGAAGACAUCAUGAUGGAUAUAACUAUUCCCACUGAGAAUGAGAAGGCAGUAAUGGAGCAGUUCUUCCAGAAGGACAGUAUGGUGCGACAGAGCCAGCUGGUGGUGGAUUGGUUGGAGAGUAUCGCCAAAGAUGAGAUAGGAGACUUCUCUGAUAACAUUGAAUACUACGCCAAAUCUGUGUACUGGGAGAACACGCUCCACACCCUGAAGCUGAGGAGGAAUCAGUCCAGCAGUGGUUUCAGCAGGCCCCUGGUCACAGAGCUGGACCCCGAUGCUCCCAUCAGACAGAAGAGACCACUGGCAGACCUGGACAGAGAGGACGACUCUCGCCUGCUCAAAAAUCUCUUUAACCUCAUAAGAGCUGGCAUGACUGAUGAGGCUCAGAGGCUGUGUAAGCGCUGUGGUCAAGCCUGGCGUGCUGCCACCUUGGAAGGCUGGAAGCUGUAUCAUGACCCCAACAUCAACGAAGGAGGUGGAGAGCUUCAGUCUGUGGAGGGGAAUCCACAUCGAAGCGUGUGGAAGGUUUGCUGUUGGAGAAUGGCAGAGGAGGUGAGGAAACUCUAGAUCUGUGUCAUUAUAUGAAUAUGUCCUCAUUUCCUGCAGCUGUUACCCGUGUGCGAGUCGUGGGAGGACACGGUGUGGGCAUAUUUCCGGGUGAUGGUGGACACUCUGGUAGAACAGGAGAUCUGUUCUUCCGGUCUGGGCAGUGAAGAGCUGGAGGAGCUGCCCAGAGAGUUCCUGGAGACCAAUUGGACAUUGGAGAAAGUCUUUGAAGAGCUUCAAGCAACAGAAUCCAAAAGGGUUCUGGAUGCAACCAAGGAACAUUACCAUGUGAUUCAGAAGUUUGUCAUUCUUGAAGAUCUUGAUGGUCUUCUGGAGGAGUUUAGUGAUUGGUUAGGAAGAAGUACAGCUUUGCCAGCUCAUCUGUUGCGCUUCAUGUCACAUUUAGUGUUGUUUUAUCGCAGUUUGGGCCUGCAACUCAAGGAGGAGGUGUGUGUAGAUGUCCUAAAGGCCUACAUCUCCCUGUUAGUGAAGGAAAAGCAGGUGGAUCUCAUUGCAUUUUACGUCAGUCACCUCCCUGUUGACAUGUCCGUGCCACAGUACGCUCAGUUCCUGGAGGAAGUCACUGAGACUGAGCAGCGCAAACACUGUCUGGAGCUGGCAACACAAGCAGGUUUGGAUGUGGCAGCGAUCACAAAAACAGUAGUAGAGACCAUCAGAGAGAGAGACACCGAUGAGUUUGCUCACCAUGACCUGACCCCUGCACUGGAUACGGCAACUACAGUGGAGGAUCAGCAGAAGAUUGAUGUCAUUGACUGGCUGGUGUUUGAUCCCGCUCAGAGAGCUGAAGCCCUUAAGCAGAGCAAUGCCAUCAUGAGGAAGUUCUUAGCAUCUAAGAAGCAUGACGCUGCUAAGAUGGUCUUCAACAAAGUGCCUGAAGAUUCCAUGCGGGAAAUCUACCACCAUUGGGAGGAGCAGGGCAUGGACACGCCCCUUCCUGCCGAGGAGGAGAAUGCUAUUCGUGAGCAUCUGUGCAUCCGUGCCUAUCUGGAAGCUCACGAAGCUUUUAACGAGUGGUUCAAGCACAUGAACUGUCCUCCGGUGAAACCCACAGCACCUGCUCAAGCUAAGUUUACAGAGAAGGUGGCCUAUGAGAUGAAAGAAGCAGAGUACAAGAUGGAGUAUGAGAACUGGCAGGGGCGUCUGGGAGCGCUGACAGAGGAUGUGAAGGAGAGGAUUUAUAAUGUGCUGCUGUUUGUAGAUGGAGGUUGGAUGGUGGAUGUCAGAGAGGACGCUGAGGAAGACUCUGAGCGUGCUCAUCAGAUGACUCUGCUGCGGCGUUUGUGUCUGCCCAUGAUGUCGUUCCUUUUGUUAACCGUUCUGCAGCGCACUGAACACCACCAGGAGAGUCUGCGGCUGGCUGACAUCAUCGCCUCUGACCAACACAGAUUAUAUGAGGUUUUUUCUAAAGAGGAGCUGCAGAAGUUUCUCCAGAAGAUGAGGGAAUCCUCUCUACUCUUGCUGGAUAAAGGGCUGGAUCCUCUUGGAUAUGAGAUUCAGCCCUAGACACUGUUUGUUUCCCAUGCUGUUUAUGUCCUCAGAAAAAAAAAAUAAAAGCUUUGUAAUUUUGUAUUUGAAUAAAGAUACUUUUUUUUUUUUGAAUUUGGUAAAUUGUUUAACUGGAGAGGCAUUUUUUAU